UAAAUAGUUUUGUUUUAAUUAAUUGUCAAUACAUGAGGUGAAAUUUAAUUCGUGUGGUAAAGGAAUCAAAUCUUAACAGUUGCAGGCAACCAAUAAGAAAAUAAAGUAAAACUUAAGAAAACAUGUUAAACAUCAUUAUCAUAAACCAUAAAACUCCAAAACUCUCAAACUCCCCAAACGCCAUGCCCAAUUCUUUGCCCCAUUACAACAACAACGAUAAUUAUCAACAAAAUGGUUUCGGUAGCAAUAAUUUCGGUUCAUCGAAUUUUCUUUCACCCAAUAGUAUUAAUGAUCGCCAAUCCAUGCUGAAUGCCCAAUCUAGAAGAAAAUUUAGUUUUCCCGCAACACUACACUCGACUUCGCUACUAGAAGUUAAUCAAAAUUCCACCCGUAGACGUUUAAGUAAUGUUAGUGAUGUGGUAACGAGAAAAUUAUCAUAUACCAUAGGCUGGAAGGCGGCACAGAUACCGGCCCAGGAUAUAAUAACACAAGGACGGUGCCUAUGUGGUCAAUAUAUAAAAAGACGUUUACGUCGCUCCGGAUUGUUUAAUAAAAAGUUAGGCCUACAACGUAUUCGCAGUAUUUUGGGUACAUCGACUAUGUCGGUUGUAAGAGAGGUAUUUCCCGCUGUUAUGGUGGUAAGUUAGAAAGGAAGAAGUCAA